GUAAGGGCGCGGCGAGUUCGCGCUGCGCUACGGUCGUGCGCUGCACAAAAAACUCCCAGCGAUGCUUCGCGGGGCGCCCUCUCGACCGCCUAGCGUCGCCGCGCCACAUCCUGGCACUGCAAACUGCUCCGUCGACUGGCACACGCAGCCGCUCGACCACUUCUCAUUCACCGAGACUCGCACGUUCGAACAGCGCGUCUUCUCGUACGGCGGCUACUGGCGACGCCCGAACGCCGGCUCGGCGGCCGGGCCGAUCCUCUUCUACUGCGGCAACGAGGCCUCGGUCGAGCUGUACGUCAACGCGACGGGCUGGAUGUGGGAGCACGCCGAGGAGCUCGGCGCGCUGCUCGUCUUUGCCGAGCACCGCUACUACGGCGAGACGCAGCCUCUCGGAGGAUCGAGCGCGACGAACGCGUCCACCCUCCGCUGGCUCACGCUUGAGCAGGCGCUGGCGGACUACGCGACACUCAUCCACCGGCUCAAGCUCUCCCUCGGCGCGCCGGACGCCAAGGUGGUCGCCAUCGGCGGCUCGUACGGAGGUAUGCUCGCCGCGUGGCUGCGGAUGCACUACCCGUCCGCGGUGGACGCCGCGCUGGCCGCAUCCGCGCCGGUUCUCGCCUUUGACGGCCUGCGGCGCGGGGGGCGGGGGAAAGCCAGCCCGCUCUUCGACGGCAACGCCUUUUGGCGCGUCGUGACGCGCGACGCUUCGCCCGCGGCCGGAGCACACGCCGAUUGCAUCCCCGCCGUGCGAGCGACUUGGGAAGCCAUCGACUCUGCGACCGGCAGCGCGGCGGGCCGGGCGGAGCUGUCGUCUGUCUUUCGGCUGUGCGAGCCGCUGCGGGAGGGAGCCUCGCCGUCCGAUGCGGAGGGCGGCGCGGGUGCGCGGCUCAAGGCGCUGCUGCUGAACGUCUUUGACACGCUCGCGAUGGGAAACUUCCCGUACGCCUCGAACUACCUCGUCUUCCAGCAGACGAGGGACCCGACCGUCCUGCUGCCCGCCUGGCCGAUGCGCGCUGCGUGCGCCCACUUCGCCGGAGCGGUCACGAGCGACGCGCCCUCGCUGCUGCGGCGGAUGGCGGCGGCCGCGGGCGUCCUCUACAACGCGAGCGGCAAGGCGCGCUGCUAUGCGCUGCCGCGUAGCGCGCUCGACGGCGGCGACGGCAUCUGGGAUUGGCAGUACUGCACGCAGCGGCUGCCGCAGGAGACCUACUUCAACCUCACCGGCGGGCGGGACAUGUUCUGGCGCUUCAACAAGAGCGCCGCCACCAUCGCCACGCACUGCACGCGCCGCUUCCCGGGCGUCGUGCAGCGGCCGGGCUGGAUCGCCGCCACCUCUGCUUUCUCCUCCGCCGGCUCCGCGUCCCACAUCAUCUUCUCGAACGGCGAGUAUGACCCCUGGCGCAGCGGCGGCGUGCUGCGCAACUUGUCAAGCACGCUGGUUGCGAUCGAGGUGCCACAGGGCGCGCACCACCUCGAUCUGAUGUUCUCGAACGCCGACGACCCCGAGCCGGUCAGGGCCGCGCGGCGGGCCGAGCUGGCCUUGGUAAGGGAAUGGGUGGCGCAGCCCCUGCCACGCGUUGCCCACACUAGUGACUGAAUUCUAUACAUACAAACGACGUCGACGAAGUGUACAUGCCAGAUGGCAGUGUGACUGUGCACAAUAUAUCUCACAACCACAACCUCACGAGAGAGAGACGACCUGUGAGCUGUGUUAUAGUCUCAAACUCUCUC